UGGGAUUUUCGUGCAUUCAAUAUGGAAGAGAAAAGAGCCGAUAAUGUCUGGAUUUUCCUUGCCGCCAUUGUGGUGCCGAACCUUGGUGGUUGGGUCGGCUUUUCCUUCUGGACGGAAAAUGAACAGUUUGAGAAUCGCAUCGGUCAUCCAUCAUGGAGGUUUCCAAAUUGGAUAUUCCCCAUAGUUUGGACGGUAAUGUACACGCUGAUGGGAAUUGCGUCGUAUUACGUGUGGAAGGAAGGACAGGAUAGGAAAAAGCUCUGGAUACCUUUCGCAGCGUACACUUGUCAACUGAUCGUCAACUGGUUUUGGACCCCGCUCUUUUUUAUCUGGGUUUUAGUACUUGCGGCCCUGAUCAAUAUCGUUAUCCUGUGGGUCAUAGUCUUCGUUACGAUCGUUCUAUUCUACAGGGUAACAAGGAAGGCAGCGCUUUUCAUGAUACCUUAUCUCGUUUGGGUCACGAUUCUCAUAGCGCAAACUUCGCACUACCAUUACAUGAACCCGGAACUAUGAGCCAUUUAUUAAUUGUGUAAUUUAUACCGUACCGUUGGCAUAUUUUUUAAUGCUUAAUACAUAUCACACGAAUAUGAAUCAGUAUGCCAGACUAAUUUUUGAUAUGAUAAUAAUGUGUAAUGCGAGAGAAUAAAUUUGAGGUAAUGCAAUACCAGUUGAAACCUGUCUUUAUAAUAUUAUUCUUUAAAAAUUAUUGAUAUUACCCGUCUCACGUGCAC